GGUGCCGGUGCCGGCCUCCACCAUCCAAGACGCCGUGAUUCAAGGCAGAAAUAAAUUUUGUUUUCUCCGGGUCCGGCGACGGCGACCAUGGCGUCAGAAAGCGAAGGACGAAGAUUGGCGGAUUUGCGGGUUGUAGACUUGAAAAACGAGCUGGAAAAAAGAAAUUUGGACACCAAAGGAGUCAAAAAUACCUUGAGUGACCGUCUACGCAAGGUACUCAUUGAAGAAGGGCAUGAUCCUGAGGAUUACAUAUUUGAUAUUGGGGGAUCAGAUAGGAAAUCUGCUAAACGUUUGAGUGGCUCUAAAGACGAAGAAAUGGACACAAGCAUUGCCGAAGAUUCAAAUCAGGAGCCAGAAGAGGAAUCAAAGAAUGGUGAAGUAGAACAGGAUGUAGCACCUGUUAAAAGUCAAAGCCCGGAAGUUACCUCAGACUCUAAUUGUAAUAAUGAUACCAAAAGUGAUGAAUCAAAAGCUGACUCUACUGUAUCAAAUGACCAGGCCAAAGAUCCUAAGCCUGAAAUUAAGACUGAGGUUGUAGAAGAGGAUUCAGAGCCUGGAAUGCCUCAGGAAGAUGGUGAUAAGGCACAACCGGAGUCCAAUGGCCUGGACAAUGAAGACUCUAUCAAUCUCACUAUUGGUGAAGAUGAAGAAAAACUUUUGACUGAAGAGGAAGAAAACAGCAUUCAAGAUAAAGAUUCUAAAGAUGAGAGCAGCAAGAGAGGAGAUCUGAAGAAGAAAGACGGUGGCAGCAAGGUGGACAACAAGGACAAGAACCAAGAUCGCAAGGAAGAAAGCAAGAGCAGUGGAUCAAGUGAUCUCAAGUCUCCCAAAGAAGACAAAGACAAGUCCAAGAAGUCCAGUAGCAGUAGCAGCAGUGGAAGUAGCAGCAGUAGCCGGAACUUAUGGGUCAGUGGUCUAUCUUCUUCUACAAGAGCUACUGAUCUCAAACAAGUCUUCUCUAAGUAUGGCAAGGUUGUUGGGGCCAAAGUGGUCACCAAUGCUAGAACCCCUGGUGCUCGGUGUUAUGGUUAUGUUACAAUGGGUUCGAGUGAGGAUGCUUCCAAAUGUAUUCAGCACCUUCACCGCACAGAACUCCAUGGGCGUCUAAUUUCAGUUGAAAGGGCUAAAAGUGACUCUACGGGACCCCCUAAACGAAGUGAUCUCAAGUCAAGCAGCAGCAGCACGGAGAAGAAAUCUGAUGACAAGAAAAGAGAGCGCACCGCAAGCUCCUCAGCUGAUGACAAAAAGGAAGAGCCAAGGAAAGACUUGAAGAAGGAAGGGGAUGUAAAGGAAGGUGACGAGAAAAAAACUGAGGGAGAAGCAGCCGAAGCCACUGACAAAGUGAAAGAUGAAAAGGAUAUCAAAGAAGAGGGUUCAGACAAGAAUCGCCAAAACCGUAGUAGGGAUGCCUCUCGCGAGCGAGACCGUGACAAAGAAAGAAGAGAACGUGAGAGAAAGGACAGGGAUCGGAGGCGCAGUGAAGGCAGCAGCCACUCCAGACCACGAUCCUCUCCCACAGGGCCAUCAGGGCGUAAGGCGGAUGUCCUGACCUUCACUCACAUUAGGGAAGAACGUGAGCGCCACCGUCUCCGAGAAAAGGAACGAGAGCUUCGUGAAGAGGAAAGAAGGCGUCGGGAGGAGUCUCUUCGGCAGAGGGAAAUUGAGCGUAAACAGCGAGAUGAGGCAGUUCGUCUGGAAAGGGAAAGGGAGAAACUUCGGCGCGAACGUGAAGCUAUUGAGCGAGAAAGGGCCGAAUUAUUGAGGUUGGAAAGAGACAGACAACGUUUGGAGAGAGAGAGACUGGAGAGGGAAAAGGAAGAGUUGAAACUCCAACAGUUGAGAUUUGAAGAAGCCAGAAGGGUUUUAAAGCGCCCGACAGAAGAUAGGAGUCGUGAUUAUCCAGAUGAUCGUAAGAGGCUGGCAACUGAAAGAGACCGCUAUGAAAGCUCUCGUUUCAAUGACUCAAGAGUUCAGUAUGAAAGCAAAGUAAGGGAGACCGACAAGGCUAGGAAGAUCACUGACUCCGCCAAUAAGCACGAUUCAAGAUCAUCAGAUUUCAAGAAAGACUUCAGUCGCAGCACUGCCAGUACCAGUUUAACUCGUCGCACCCAUGAAGAUUCUCGUACCUUGUCUCGUCCAACCCGUGAUGUUCCUCCCCCUAGAGCUGAGAUGUCUUCAGCUAGGCGGCCCUCUCCCUCCAGACCUAAGGACAGUCGAUAUGAAAGGAAUUCAAGCAGCUCCUUCCGGAGAGAUGAUCGAAGGCCAGAACAGGACAGCCGGUCAAAAAUGGACGUUCGUGAUCCCCAUCCCCGCGACCGCUACUCGGACAGGUCCAAAGGAGAUUCUGUCAGAGAUGGGGGACGUUACACUGACAGAGCGGGAGACAGUUGGCAUUCCAGCAGUAGCAGUGGGCCCACUGCAUCUAAGCCUUUCAACAGUAUGAGUGUGGGCUUAGGUGUGCGUGAUUUGAGUAGUGGAGUUUGGGAGAGAAAGGAGACAACAGGAUGGAGUCGGCCAUUAGAUUCUGGCUCUUCUGAUCGGUGGGUUGGAAGUAGCAGUGCAUUAGGGGUUGGAAGUCGUCCAAUGACUAGUGGCCCUCUGUAUGGAAGUGCCCAAAGUGUUACACCUGCAGCUCUGACUGCUUUACAACUGGGUAUCGCCAACAGCAAUAGCUACUCUAGUGACCGAUUUGAUGCUUACAAAGCCCCUCUUGGUUCAAUGAGAAAAUACACUUGAUUGUUGUCAGAUUUGAUAUGUUAACUUUGUUCUUGUGUGAGCAAUAUGUUUUGUGACCUAGGUUUUAUUCAUUGUGUUAAAAAAUUAAUUUUCAUCCUUACUUAUGAAAGGACUCAGAAGAUUUUUUGUUCUUUUUUUUUUUUCAAGUGUUGCUGUGAGUGUUUUGUAGCUUUUGCAUUACUGACAGUAAAACCCAAUAAAAAUCCCAAAAUGUUUCAUUUGACACAGGUAGUUUUAAUCCGAAUGAACAAAUGCCAUUGUUGACUUCAUAUCUAACUACUGAUUGAGCCUGGAGGUCCUCUCUUUUCUUGUAUUUGCCUAAGUUACUUGUUUGCUACUGAGUAUUGUUUUCUGUUCACUUCAUAAGCACGUUCCUCUCAGUUUGUGUUUUAUUGUUAGUUUCAAUUUCCUGUUCAUUUUCACCUUGUUUGGAUUUGUUGGUAUAUGUGAUGUACCCUUUAUUUCUGGUUUUUAACAUCCUUUUUUUGUUAUAUUGCCUAGAACUGAUGUGGUGUGGUGAUGUCAAAGAUACACUUGUGCAUGUAUAAUGAAUCGAUUGGAAUUGUUAAUAAGUGCAUCCAGUUCAUCAAUGUCUGGUGUAAGUUUUUUUUUUUUUUAUUGUCCGUGUUAUGUUGUCUGGUAAUUAUUACCACCUUAAUUCAAGUGUGUAAUAAUAUGUUUACAGCUGAUUCUCAUGAAAACUGAAUUAGGUGUUUGGAACACCUCUAACCUAUAUGACUCAUUCCAAAAUACCUAUUUUAAACUUUGUAUCCUUAAAUAAAAAAUAAAGCAGUUUAAUCUUGGAUGCCUA